UGGGGGGCAGUUUGCGCCGACGGAGCGGGCGGCGCCUUCCCCCCUCCGGUGAAAUCCGCCAGUCGGAGGGCGGUGGUGGUCCCCUGUGAGGACACAGUGAAAAGAUGGCAACUAAACUACUGAGAUUCCUGGCUAGAUCUUCACACACAAUAAACCAGUGCCAACGCUUCCAUAAAUAUGAGCAUUUAACAACAAGCAGUCUUCAAGGGACGUCAAGCAGCUGUCUAUUAGCAAACAGAUACAUCAAACUGUGCAUUCCAGAGGCUGCUGCUGCUUGUUUAACCAAUGUUCGUGUACAAGCCAUGGAUUGGCAGAGACCUCAAAUGAAUGUUACUGUUGCAGGAAAGGCUGUGAAUCCUUUGAUUAUGAAUAUUUGUCCUCCAUCCAGGGAACAAUUUUGUGCUCUUAAAAAUGCAAGCUACAAGCACAAUUCAAAAUGUAUGAGAAAAAUGACUGAUACACCAAAUAGACAUUUUUCAGUUUUAUCAACAAGUAAAAUUAUGCCAAACCAAGUUAUUGUGCCAGCUAAAAGGCCACCAAAGGCAUCUCGGACCAAGCAGCCAUCUAGAGUUAAUCUACCACUGCCAUCUGAAACUGAGGAUUUGAUGCAGUGCACAGCCUUUGCAACAGCAGAUGAAUAUCAUCUUGGUAACCUAGGCCUUGACCUGACAUCGUACGGAUAUGUUGAAAUAACAACAUUACCUAGAGAUGCAGCAAACGUGUUGGUGGUUGGCACAGAAAGCUCUGUGAAAGGAUAUGAUCCUGGGAUGAUUUUUUUCUUCAGGGAAGGAUCUGUUGUGUUCUGGAAUGUUGAAGAAAAAACGAUGAAGAAUAUAAUGCAAGUCCUGGAAAAGCAUGAAAUUCAGCCAUAUGAAGUUGCACUAAUUCAUUGGGAGAAUGAAGAGAUUAACUAUAGGAGAGGAGAUGGGCCAUCAAAGCUUCAUAGAGGAGAAAUCCUGAUAAAUUCAGAACUAGAUGCUGAUGAAGUCACACUUGAGAAGUUUGCUUUUUCAAAUGCUCUGUGCCUCUCUGUUAAACUGGCCAUUUGGGAAGCAUCAUUGGAUAAUUUUGUAGAAUCUAUCCAGUCAAUACCGGAGAUACUAAAAUCAAGAAGGAAAGUGAAACUCUCUCAUGCUGAUGUGAUGCAAAAAAUUGGGGAACUGUUUGCUUUAAGGCACCGCAUAAAUCUGAGUUCUGACCUACUGAUUACCCCAGAUUUCUAUUGGGAUAGAGAGAACCUUGAACAUCUGUAUGAUCAAACUUGUCAGUUUCUCAGUAUUAAUCGCAGAGUUAAGGUGGUGAAUGAAAAGCUCCAACACUGCACAGAGUUGACAGACCUGAUGAGAAAUCAUUUGAGUGAAAAACAUGCCUUGCGCUUGGAAUGGAUGAUAGUGAUACUUAUUACCAUAGAGGUCAUGUUUGAACUCGGCAGAGUGCUUUUCUGAUAACUAAUGAAUGCCAACUGAGAAGUUUGACUGUGGAGACAAUCUCAGCAACCUUGCAUGCUGGAUUUCAACUUUCUUCUUCACAACUUCUGGAAAGUUCAGUAACAGUUAUAAUAAAUCUAUGGACACUUGCUGCUUACAAAAUGGUUGUAGUCACUGGAGUUAGGCUAAAUUUAAAAUCAGU